AUGGGAAAAUUCGCUGAUAUCACGCAGAGUGAUAAUGAUGAUGAUCAAGACGAACCCAUCCCCCCUGAUUUAUCCGGAGAAUACUACCAGCACAGAAGAGAUGCCAUGAAAAUCCUGGAAGCCAAUCAGUUUGUAUGCGUCGACAAGCUUGGGUCUGGCGCCUUUGGCGAUGUGUACAAAAUGAUUGACUUCUCCGGCCGAGAAGUUGCCGUUAAAAUAGUCGCCCUAGAAAUAGCUAAACCAAAUGAAACCGAAAUUUGGCCCAAAUUAUCUCACCCAAACAUUAUCCCCCUCCUCGAAUACUUCAGCUUCAAUAACCCAGAUGUAGCAAUUUUUGUGAUGCCCAUGCACCGGGACACUUUGCUACAUGCAGUCCUAGACAGGCACUUUUUGAGUCAGUCAAGUGCCCUAGACUGCAUAAAAUCAUGGCUUUAUGACACUCUCUGUGGUCUGACCUAUUUGCACUCUAACGAGGCCUGCCACUUAGAUCUAAAAUCCGACAACGUCUUGAUCUCACAUGAUCACAAAGCUGUUAUCUGUGAUUUCUCUUUUCUUGCGCCAGCAACGAAAGCAAUUCCAAGAUCUGAACUUGGAUUACCACCAGUGUAUAGACCACCGGAAGCUUGUCCAUCCCUUGGAAGUGGAGCAGCGAUUGAGGGGAAAGCAUACGAUAUGUGGGCGUUUGGAAUGAUGGUUCUGGAGCUAUUUACCAACCAAGCCCUUGGCGGAACAUCAGCCAACGCCGGAAACUGGGAAAGAGAUAUUUAUCCUACCCUAUUUAACAUCCUUCAGGGAGAAUCUUUCCAGAGUUCCAUUUGUGGAAUGUUUUCUCAGACGGGCAUUUCAGAUGGGCAAGUCAAGCUUGCUUUAAAUUUCAUCCACAUUUUUCUGAUGCCCGAUAGGAAGGAGAGAUGGAAUGCCGCGAAGGCAUCUGACCACUGUUUCUUUAAGAGUGGUGGCCAGAUAGGAGCAGGGCCACAUCCGAUGUGGAUAAAUUUUGCUAACCCUGACAUAGGAGAGCACCGAACGGUUAGUUUGAGUAGAAAUAGAGGUGUGAAGCGUGAAGCUGAAAUGAGUGCAGAACCACCUGAUGCCAAAAGAGCCAACAAAGAAUCUGAAGAAACACCAGAAGAAGUCCAACAAAAAGAAUGCGAGAAGUGCAAGGUGUCGGUAGGAAAAAUUGAGGACUUAAAACGGGAAGUUGAGGAGUUAAAACAGAAAAAUGCUGUUUUGGAGCAGAAGGUUCGGGAAUCAAAGAAGGUUCCAGAAAUCGACGAGUUUGCCAAAAAGAAACUGCCUGUCCCGAGAAAGAUUGCGAUUUCUGCAAGUACCCAAACUACAAACAGCCCGAAAACAACAGUCGCUGAGAAUGAUUUACCCGAGCACACCGCGGGUGAUGACACAAUGAUUCAAAACGACACAUUCAACACUAUUGAUAUCUCACCUGAUAUCUCUCAUCGAGAACAUAUGUCCCAAGUCUUUAGGAGGAAUGAUCGUGUGCAGCUCAGAUUACAAGAUCGUAGAAUGAAUUUUAGAGAAGCGUUCCAUGAUCUUGAAUCAUUAGCGACUGAACUAGCCGAAAUUCGAGACAAGCUCUGUGAAGAGGCAAUAGAAAAAGCGAAAUCUCUUUUUGAAAAUUGGGAUAUUGGUGCCGCAAUACGUGUAAGAAGACGACGCAAAAUGCCCGGAGAAUUGGCUAGAGAUGUCAGUCUUUCCGCAGAAAGUUUUGAAGAAAUUUUGAUGAUAGAUCAUUUGUCAGUGAUAGGUCAUUUGACUUUGAUUAUUCGACAGCUGUAA